AUGGAUGAACAAAAUAAACCAAGAGUUGGUGGGUUAAAUGAUCCAAGAUUAGGUUCAAUUGAUAGAAAUUUUAAAUGUCAAACCUGUGGUGAAGGUAUGAAUGAAUGUCCUGGUCAUUUUGGUCAUAUUGAAUUAGCUAAACCUGUUUUCCAUAUUGGGUUUAUUAGUAAAAUUAAAAAAGUUUGUGAAUGUGUUUGUAUGCAUUGUGGUAAACUUUUAUUAGAUGAAACAAAUGAAUUAUUCAAACAAGCUAUAAGGAUUAAAGACCCAAAAAAGAGAUUUAAUGCUGUAUGGAACUUAUCCAAAACUAAAAUGAUUUGUGAACCAAAUUAUCCAGUUGAAGAUGAAUCUGGUCAAUCAGUUUCAAGAGGUGGAUGUGGUAAUUCUCAACCAACUGUUCGUCGUGACGGGUUAAAAUUAUGGGGGACUUGGAGAAAAGGUAAAGAUCUUGAAGAUAAUGAACAACCUGAAAGACGUUUACUUACUGCAAGUGAAAUUUUAACAGUUUUCAAACAUAUAAGUCCAGAAGAUUGUCGUAAAUUAGGAUUUCAUGAAGAUUAUGCACGUCCUGAAUGGUUAAUUCUAUCAGUUUUACCAGUUCCACCACCACCUGUUAGACCAUCAAUUUCUUUUAAUGAUACACAAAGAGGUGAAGAUGAUUUAACUUAUAAAUUAUCUGAUAUUAUGAAGGCUAAUAUUAAUGUUCAAAAAUUAGAAAUGGAUGGUUCUCCACAACAUGUUAUUAAUGAGUUUGAAUCUUUAUUACAAUUUCAUGUUGCCACUUAUAUGGAUAAUGAUAUUGCAGGUCAACCACAAGCUUUACAAAAAUCUGGUCGUCCUAUUAAAUCUAUUCGUGCUCGUCUAAAAGGUAAAGAAGGUCGUAUUAGAGGUAAUUUAAUGGGUAAACGUGUUGAUUUUUCAGCUCGUACAGUUAUUUCUGGUGAUCCAAAUUUAGAAUUAGAUCAAGUUGGUGUUCCAAAGAGUAUUGCUCGUACUUUAACUUACCCAGAAACUGUUACUCCAUAUAACAUUCAUAAAUUAACAGAAUUAGUUCGUAAUGGUCCAAAUGAACAUCCAGGUGCUAAAUAUGUUAUCCGUGAUACAGGUGAUCGUAUUGAUUUAAGAUAUAACAAACGUGCUGGUGAUAUUGUACUACAAUAUGGUUGGAAAGUUGAACGUCAUUUAAUGGAUAAUGAUCCUGUUCUUUUCAAUCGUCAACCUUCAUUACAUAAAAUGUCCAUGAUGGCACAUCGUGUUAAAGUUAUGCCUUACUCAACUUUUAGAUUAAAUUUAUCAGUUACUUCACCUUAUAAUGCGGAUUUCGAUGGUGAUGAAAUGAAUUUACACGUUCCACAAUCUGAAGAAACAAGAGCUGAAUUAAUGAAUAUUGCUGCAGUUCCUUUACAAAUUGUCUCUCCACAAUCCAAUAAACCAUGUAUGGGUAUUGUUCAAGAUACUUUAGCAGGUGUUAGAAAAAUGACUUUACGUGAUAGUUUUAUAGAUUAUGAUCAAAUGAUGAAUAUUUUAUAUUGGAUUCCUGGUUGGAAUGGUGUUGUCCCUCAACCAACAAUUUUAAAACCAAAACCUUUAUGGACUGGUAAACAAAUGUUAUCAAUGGCUAUUCCAAAAGGUAUUCACAUGCAAAGAUAUGAUGAAGGUACAACUUUAUUAAGUCCUAAUGAUAACGGUAUGAUGGUUGUUGAUGGACAAAUCAUGUUUGGUGUUGUCGAUAAAAAAACUGUUGGUGCAACUAAUGGUGGGUUGAUUCAUACAGUCAUGAGAGAAAAAGGACCAAAAGUUUGUUCUGAAUUAUUUGGUUCUUUACAAAAAGUUGUUAAUUUCUGGUUCUUACAUAAUGGUUUCUCAAUUGGUAUUGGUGAUACAAUUGCAGAUGCUUCAACAAUGAAGGAAAUUACAGAUGCUAUUGCCUUGGCUAAAGAAAAGGUUGAUGAUGUCACAUUAGAAGCUCAACAAAAUAAAUUAACUGCUAAACAUGGUAUGACAUUAAGAGAAUCUUUCGAAGAUAAUGUUAUUCGUUAUUUAAACGAAGCUCGUGAUAAAGCUGGUCGUUCUGCAGAAGUUAAUUUAAAAUCAUUAAAUAAUGUUAAACAAAUGGUUAGUGCAGGUUCUAAAGGUUCUUUCAUUAAUAUUGCUCAAAUGUCUGCUUGUGUUGGUCAACAAUCUGUUGAAGGUAAACGUAUUGCUUUCGGUUUUGCUGAUAGAACUUUACCUCAUUUUGCCAAAGAUGAUUACUCCCCAGAAUCUAAAGGUUUUGUUGAAAACUCUUAUUUAAGAGGUUUAACUCCACAAGAAUUUUAUUUCCACGCUAUGGGUGGUCGUGAAGGUUUAAUUGAUACUGCUGUUAAAACUGCUGAAACUGGUUAUAUUCAACGUCGUCUUGUUAAAGCCUUGGAAGAUAUUAUGGUUCAUUAUGAUGGUACUACAAGAAAUUCAUUGGGUAAUAUUAUUCAAUUCAUCUAUGGUGAAGAUGGUCUUGAUGCUUGUCAUGUUGAAAAACAAACCAUUGAUACCAUUCCAGGUGAACAUGCUGCAUUUGAAAAACGUUACCAUGUUGAUUUAAUGAGUCCAAAAACUUCUAUUAAACCAUCAUUAUUAGAAUCUGGUAAAGAAAUCAUUGGUAAUACUGAAAUUCAAGAAGUAUUGGAUACUGAAUAUAAACAAUUAGUUGAAGAUCGUCAAUUCUUGAGAAAAGUUUUCAUUGAUGGUGAACAUAACUGGCCAUUACCAGUUAAUAUCCGUCGUAUUAUUCAAAAUGCUCAACAAAUUUUCCAUAUUGAUCCUUCAAAAGCUAGUGACCUUACUUUGGAUGAAAUCGUUAGAGAAGUUCAAAGAUUAUGUUCUAAACUUUUGGUUUUACGUGGUGAUAAUAGAUUAGUUUCAGAAGCCCAACAAAAUGCCACUGCAUUAUUCCAAUGUUUAGUUCGUUCACGUUUAACAACUCGUCGUGUUAUUGAAGAAUAUCGUCUUACCUCUGUUGCUUUCUACUGGGUCACAGCUCAAAUUGAAUCACAAUUUCAAAGAUCUGUUGUUCAUCCUGGUGAAAUGGUUGGUGUUGUUGCUGCUCAAUCCAUUGGUGAACCAGCUACUCAAAUGACAUUGAAUACUUUCCAUUUUGCGGGUGUUGCUUCUAAAAAGGUUACUUCAGGUGUUCCUCGUUUAAAAGAAAUUUUAAAUGUUGCUAAGAAUAUGAAGACACCAUCUUUGACUGUUUACUUAGAUCCUGAAUAUGCAGCUGAUCAAGAAAGAGCUAAAGAAAUUAGAUCUGCUAUUGAACAUACUACUUUGAAGAGUGUUACCAUUGCUACUGAAAUUUACUAUGAUCCAGAACCUCGUUCUACAGUUAUUGAAGAAGAUGAGGAAAUGGUUAACUUACAUUUCGAAAUUCCAGAUGAAGAAAUUGAAGCGUCUAUUGAUAAACAAUCACCAUGGUUAUUACGUAUUGAACUUGAUCGUACACAAAUGAAUGAUAAAGAUUUAACAAUGGCUGAAGUUGGUGAAAAGAUCAAAGAAACUUUUGGUGAUGAUUUAUUCAUUAUCUGGUCUGAAGAUAACGCUGAAAAACUUAUUAUCCGUUGUCGUGUUGUUCGUGAUCCUAAAUCUAUGGAUGAAGAUUCAGAAGCUGAAGAAGAUCAAAUGUUGAAACGUAUUGAAUCAAAUAUGCUGGAAGCCAUUACAUUACGUGGUGUUCCAGAUAUUACUCGUGUUGUUAUGAUGAAAUAUGAUAGAAAAUUACCUGAUGAAACUGGUAAAUAUGCUAAAGUUCCUGAAUGGGUUCUUGAAACAGAUGGUGUUAAUCUUGCUGAAGUUAUGUGUGUUCCAGGUGUUGAUGCUUCUCGUAUCUACACUAACUCCUUCAUUGAUAUUUUGACUGUUCUUGGUAUUGAAGCUGGUCGUGCUUCAUUAUACAAAGAAGUUUACAACGUUAUUGCUUCUGAUGGUUCUUAUGUUAACUACCGUCAUAUGGCUUUAUUAGUUGAUGUUAUGACUUCACGUGGUCAUUUAAUGGCUGUUACACGUCAUGGUAUUAACAGAAAUGAUACUGGUGCUUUAAUGCGUUGUUCUUUCGAAGAAACUGUUGAAAUCUUACUUGAAGCAGGUGCUGCUGCUGAACUAGAUGAUUGUCGUGGUGUUUCUGAAAAUGUUAUUUUGGGUCAAUUAGCCCCAGUUGGUACUGGUGCUUUUGAUGUUAUGGUUGAUGAUUCUGCAUUGAAAGAUAUUCCUGUUUCUGCUGUUACUGAUGAAUUCCAACCAGAAGAAGAAGCAAACGACGGUGGUGCUACUUCUUAUGAUUCUUCUACUCCUCAACACAGUUCAGAAAUUGAAGCAGAUGAUGUUGUUUUCUCACCUUUGAUUGAAGCUGGUACUGGUGGUAAUGCCAAUGGUGGUGGUUUCACAGAAUACGGUGGUAGUGGUGGUUUAACAGAUUAUGGUGGAUAUGCCCCAACAUCUCCAGGUGCAGCUUUGAAUCCAACAUCUCCUUAUGGUUAUGCUCCAACAUCACCAACUGGAUUUGCUGCUUCACCAGCCUAUGCUCCAACAUCACCUUCUUAUUCACCAACCUCACCAUCAUACAGUCCAACCUCACCAUCAUACUCACCUACAUCCCCAUCAUACAGUCCAACAUCACCAUCAUACUCACCUACUUCACCAUCAUAUUCACCAACCUCACCAUCUUAUAGUCCAACAUCACCAUCAUACUCACCUACAUCACCAUCAUACAGUCCAACAUCACCAUCAUAUAGUCCAACUUCACCAUCAUACUCACCUACAUCCCCAUCAUACUCACCUACAUCCCCAUCAUACUCACCAACAUCUCCAUCAUACAGUCCAACAUCACCAUCUUAUUCUCCAACUUCACCAUCUUAUAGUCCAACAUCUCCAUCAUACUCACCUACAUCCCCAUCAUACAGUCCAACAUCUCCAUCAUACUCACCUACAUCACCAUCAUAUUCACCAACUUCACCACAAUAUAGUCCAACUUCACCACAAUAUUCUCCAGGCUCACCAUCAUAUUCACCAAAAGAACCUGAAGAAGAAAAGAAAUGA